CUCACGACUGCGCCUCAGCCAGAUGAGAAGAAGGGGCCAACACGAAUAAGCAGCGUCAAGGGAAGCAGACAAAUGGCACCCAAGAGAGCCCGCAUCGACAGGGAUGACGUCCUAGGUUUCGAUUCGGAAUCGUCGGAGUCUGAAGACGGUGGGACUGAUGACGACGAGCUAUCGGCCGAGAGGAAGGGUCUGGUGAUGGCCAGAGCUCUACAGAAGUGAAGGAAAGUUGGAGAAGAUGAGGGUAGUGACAAUACAAAGAGCGACGGUGUGACAGAGGGUGCAGCUAAUGAGGCAGUCAAAGAUGCUGAGACGGCCACUAGCGGCAGCGACACCAGCGGAAAGCCAACAGCAGCCUCAAGUGAAGCCUGUUGAGCGUUCCACGCCCUCCGUUUUUAUGCCCGUUCACAGGAGUGAAGAGGUUCAAAAAGCUCGGCACCAGCUUCCAAUUCUGGCGGAAGAACAAAGAAUAAUGGAAGCCAUAGCGGAACACGACGUUGUUGUGAUUUGUGGCCAGACUGGCUCGGGAAAGACGACACAGGUUCCCCAGUUUCUUUAUGAAGCCGGAUACGCCAGGGAAAAAAUGGUGGGCAUUACUGAGCCCAGACGAGUGGCUGCCGUGUCCAUGUCAAAGCGAGUUGCCGAGGAGAUGAGCCUUUCAUCGUCGGAGGUCUCGUACCAAAUCCGUUUUGAAGGAAAUGUCACAGGCGACACCAAGAUCAAGUUCAUGACGGAUGGUGUCCUUCUGAAAGAGAUUCAAAACAACUUCCUCCUGACUGGCUACUCUGUGAUAAUAAUUGACGAGGCUCACGAAAGGAGCAUCUACUCCGACAUCCUGAUUGGCCUCCUGUCAAGAAUUGUGCCACUGAGGCGGCGGAAAGGAAUCCCGCUGAAACUCAUCAUCAUGUCGGCAACACUCAGGGUGGAGGACUUCACGCAAAACACUCACCUUUUCAGAAAGCCACCACCUGUCAUUCAGGAAGCGGCACUCCUCGCAAAGCGGUACGUGAGCGUAGCAAGAGGCAUCACGACCUACCAGACUCAUCUCGACUUCACGAAGACCUGCCGGGAGAUGAACGUAGUGCCACGAAGCCUUCAGCUUAAACGCUUGCUGCACACGGCGGAGGGCCACAAGAUCAUCGCAAAAGCCGAACAGCGCCUGCUAAACGCCCGAAUCCAUGAAUGCCACAGCGUGAUCAAGAAGAAGGAAUUAGACCUGUUUUUCCUCCGACGGCAGCUUCAACAUCGACUGCCCGACGUCUUUCCGUCUUUGGAGGAGUUCGCUCGAAAUGUGGCUGCAACAACAGCUCGGAAGCAGCAAGCGGCCCACAAAAGCAAGCUCACGACACUUCAAGGAGAAAAACCCCACCGCGGACAUGACAACGAUAAUUUCGUCGUCAACCUGUCCUCCAGACAACUCUCCCCUACCGAGCAUAUCGUGCUGGCCAAGGGACACAACUUCAACGUGAACACGGCGCAUCCGUCACUACCAAGGAUCAUUGCGGCUACGGAGGAAGGCAUAAGACGACUCGACAACGGCAUUCGAGAAAAUGUCCGUCUCAAGGCCAUCGGUGUACUAUCAAAAAUAGGAUAG